AUGCAAGCUACUGGAGCUAUUUCGUGGAGAAGACCCGAUAUCAAGUAUAGGAAGAACGAGGUGUUUGUGGAUGUUUAUGAAGAUGUCAAUUUGCUAUUAAGUGCAUCAGGUGCUAUUUUGAAAGCUGAUGUUAAUGGCCAUAUUCAAUUGAAAACUCAAUUGUCAGGCUUACCAGAGUGUAAAUUUGGUCUUAAUGACAGUCUGCUGCUGGAUACUGGUGCGGAUGAUGACGAUUAUUAUGGAUUGGAUAACAGUGACAGCAGUAGUUCUAGUAAUUCGGGUGGUGGUGGAAGUAGACUGUCUAGAAGAGGCAGUAGAAUCGGUUCUUUUGGUAAUGGAGGUAGUAGUAAUGGAUCGAGUGGCAGUAAUGGCAGUAGUGCCUUGUCGAAUCGAUCUACUAGUGGCCGAGCAGCUGCUGGGUCAGUUACUUUGGAAGACUGUCAAUUCCACCAGUGUGUUAAACUGGGUUCGUUUGACGAGAACAGAAUUAUAUCAUUUAUUCCUCCUGAUGGAGAAUUUGAACUUAUGAGAUACAGAGCAGUUGAGAAUAUCAAUCUGCCCUUCAAACUAGUACCUCAAGUGACAGAAAUCGGUCAGACAAAGGUCGAAUACGAAAUUGUCGUCAAAGCCAAUUUUGGAUCAAAACUCUAUGCCACUGACGUGGUCAUCAAAAUCCCCACUCCCUUGAACACUGCAUCCACAUCGCAAUCAUGCUCUAACGGCCGAGUCAAGUACGACCCAUCUGAAAACCAGCUCCUUGAGUCUAAAAGACCGGUUCGCAAGUUUCCUCGUCGCCCUGUUUUGAAUGACGUUCGCCGUCCUGGUUCUGGCACUUAUUAUGGUAACUUGGGUGAGAUAGAGAAUCGUCGUCCUGCUAGACGUUCUGCUUUUGCUUACCACAAGACUAUUCAAUUUCCUAUUGGUUAUGACUUUUCCGCUGAAUCAAGCAAGCCCCUCACAGUAUCUACCCAGGUUGUCGAAGAUGAUGAAGAGACUGAUUGUGAAGAGCUUUUGUUGAACUUUGCUCCUGAUGAUUAUUCCGCGUCUAAAGACUCUAAAGGCUUCCUUUGUGGUGAGGUGCCCACUUUGCUUCCUGACGAUCCAUUUUUUACUGGCAUCCCUGAUUGUGCUAAAGAAGACGAUGACGCUUAUUUAAACCGUGUGUUUAUUAAUGCCUCUGACGACAUUGAAACUAUUAAUUCUAUGAAUGCUCCUGAUGCCCCUAUUGCUUCAGUUGAGCUAGAGCUCGAAUGUGCUCUUACCCGGGUCGACAAAACUUUCGAGAACUUGGGAAUUAUUAUUGAAGAGAUAUUGUUUGAUAUGCCAGAGAAAGUAUCCAAAAUGGCUUCUUUUAAAUCCAAGUUGGCAUUUGGCAAACGCCCCUCUAUUUCUGGAUCCACUCUAUUUACUGGAAUCCUUACUGGUCUUUGUGCCAACCCUCCAUUGUAUGCUCCUGGGGUACCUCAUUCUUCCGUCUAUGAAGUUAAGAAGUACCAACUUCAGAGUGGUGCCAUUCUUGGAGUUCAUUCGCCCGUUGUUUACAAUCAAAUCCGGGCCGUCUGUGGAGUUGACCACGACGAAUUGAUGAGUUCAUUUGAUUUACAGUCUUUGGAUGCUGCUAUUACCGAGAGAACUGGCUCCGAAUUUGUUACUACUGAUGGAAAAUUCAAUAUUAAGACGCUCAAGCGCAAGGAGUACCAGAUGAUCUCUGAUUUUAAGUUUCUCGAUGACUACUACACCCAUGUCAGAGACUUAUUGACACGACUUCCUCCCUACCUGGGACACUACACUAUUUGGGAGAAUGGAAAGGAAACACAUUUUGUUGUCACGAAAAGUUUAGUUGACAAGAACAAUGACACUUUGUUCAAACUCAGGGCAUCGACUGAUGGCGACCUUAAUGGAUUCCCUCGUGUGGUUAUCAAGGAUCUCAAUCGCCUUAAUGACAAGUAUUUUCAUUUGCCAGAGAAUGUGCGAGAGCAUAUCGUUGGUCAGGUUCGUGGUGAUGCCAAGAUGUUGAAGAGACACAAUAUUCUAGAUUAUUCAUUACUGGUUGGGCUUGAGUGUGACCCUCUUACUGGUGAAGAAAGAUCCUCAGUUGGCCUUAGUAUUGCCCUCUGCCCCUCUAGUCGGGUCAAGAGAGUGGUUGGUAGUAUCAGAUCACUAAUUUCUGGACACUCCACUUUCAAGGAUCUUCGCCAGUUUGCCUCGGUCAAUGGACCGAGCAGACCUGUGGUCACACGCUGUUGA